GCGCGCGGAAACGAGUGAUUUUAGCUUCAGCGCGGGAGCGGAUUCGUAUAAGAAGUUUCCCUUUCGGUGUUGCAUAUAUUGAAGAUGAGCUCAAAAAAGGUUAAAAAGGAAGUUCAAGAAGAAGAGGAAUUUGUUGUUGAGAAGAUUUUAGAUAAAAGAAUCACCAACAACAAAAAUGAAUACUUUUUGAAGUGGAAAGGAUAUCCAGAUUCUGAAAACACCUGGGAGCCUGAGGAAAAUUUAGACUGUCCCGAGAUGAUUGAAGAAUUUGAAAACCAGCUGAAGAAAAAGAAAGAUUCAUCCUCUUCUGACAAAAAGAGGAGAAUAAAUGGAGAAUCAUCUGAAGCUCCACCCAAGAAAAAGGUAGAGGAGGAGCGCCCAAGGGGUUUUGAUAGAGGUCUUGAUCCUGAGAAGAUAAUUGGUGCAACAGAUUCUAGUGGAGAACUCAUGUUCUUGAUUAAAUGGAAAAACUGUGAUGAAGCUGAUCUGGUUCCCUCUAAAAUAGCAAACAUUAAGUGCCCUCAAGUAGUGAUCCAAUUUUAUGAAGAGAGACUCACAUGGCAUACUGGAAAUUCUUGUGAAGAUGAUGAUGAUGCCAACAAAGAUGCAGCUGCCAAAAAGUAGCCAAGAAAAUAUGACUAUUUUUAACCUAAGGUUUUUACUAUUAUGUUACACUUGUACAUACUUAUUAUGAUAUUUUGUUGUAUAUACUUCCUAUUUUAUCAUCUGCAAUACUCUGUAUAAACUGCCCUCUCCCUUUCAUGCGUAUUGAAGUAGCAACUAGCUUGUCUUUCAGUCUUGAAUUUCAGUACAAUUUAUCCUUCUAUCAAUGAUGAAAAACUUCAAGUGAUACUUAAAGUGUAUUUGCAAUGACAACGUUAAAUAAAUAAAAUUUGGAACAGAGCGAUAUCAGAAAUAUAUUAAAAACAAAUUAAUAUAUUAAAGUUUGAAUCUAUUAUAGAUUCUAUUACACAUGUAAUUGAAUGUGAUAAUGUUGUGCAAAAAUGUUGAAAAUGUUAAGCAUUUGAAAAUAAUGCAUUUUGAUUUAUUAAAUGCUUUUUUGAAUUAUGUCAUGCUCAUAAUGUGAAAUCUCUUAAAGAAAACUUUCAUUGAAAAGGAAUAAAUAAAUGCUUGGUUCAGUCUUGUUCUAUAAUGAACAGAUUAUAUAAAUCUGAACACUUUUGUUUGGUGCCAUGGGUGUUCAGAACAGGGAGAGAAUCUUCUAUACUAUGUAUUUUCCUUAUUUUUAUUUCAGAAUCUACAUUUUGCUGUUACAAAAUAAUUUGUGGAAAAAAAAUAUAUAUAUAGUGAAUUAAUUGCUCAAUCUUAAUUUUUUUUAAAAAUUAUUAUUAAUAAUUCCCCAUGAAGAAUAUUUGGCCAAAAACUAAUCCUUAUUGUACUAAAUAAGAGAAACAACAUUUUGUCUAUUAUCUAUUAUUUAAACUUGAGUUGCAUCUAAGACUAUCACCUAAAAAGCCUUAUUUUCACAACUCUUGGAUCAAUGUUAAUCUACAAAAAAAAUACCUGUCAACACUAAGAAAUGAGCAUUAUAAUAUUGUAUUUUAAUUUUAAGAGUUAUUUAUUUAAAAAAUUGGUUGACUGGUACUUUUGAGAAGGACACUGGUGAUGAUUUUAGAGACUUUCAGCAUUCUGCUGCACCAUUUAUGUUGGAAUUUCUUAAGUGAAAGAAAUAAGCUUGGAAGGUUGUUUAUUUAAAGGCUCUUUUUGAAAAACAACAUAUUUUACUUUUGUAGGAAGUUCAUUUCUUCUUUUCCCAUUUUCUUGUACAGGUACUAACUUAUUUUAAUCUAGUGUUUAAUAGUUAACUGGCACAGAAGCAGCCAUAGGUUGUGUGUACAUAAUUACCAUUGUAAUAUUCUUAGCUUCAAACAAAAUUAAAGAAAAACUAGAGAGUAGAGAAAUGUACUGUGGUAUUUUGCUUGAAACAUAUGUUUUUUAAUCAAGUAAAAUUAUUCAAAUCCUUGGAUAAAAACACAAAUCUGGCAAGCUUUUACCAUUUACAUUUAAUUAAAAAUUUUACAACAGGAAGUUCAUGCAAUCUUCUACAGUUGUGGCAAGGCUAACUUGGUAUGAUGCUAGUGAUGUAAUCGGAUUUUCUGUAGCCUCUACAAUGCUGCCAUGUUAGCUUUACCUCAACUAUAGGUGUCGUCUGAAUCGCUAAAUCCUGUGGAAUAUUUUGUAUCUAAAGCUCCUAUGGAAGCCUCCCUAUGCCUAUAGAAGCAGCCAUAACUUCCUUUGUGAAUUGGUAUUCAUGUUUGUAAAUUGUGCAAUUAAAAAAAGUUUCUAAUGAGAAACAUAAGAAUGAAUGUAAGUGUAAUACUUGUAUUUAGGAAAGUUCAUCCUAAUAAAAGUUUCUUUUUCAGUUA